AUGUCUAACCAGCACACUCAAAAGACCUACACCCUCAACACCGGUGCCAAGAUCCCCGCCAUUGGCCUGGGUACUUGGCAGUCUAAGCCCAAUGAGGUUCGUGAGGCUGUCAAGAACGCUCUGCUGAAGGGUUACCGCCAUAUUGACACUGCCCUUGCCUAUGGCAACGAGGCUGAGGUUGGUGCUGGUAUUAAGGACUCCGGCGUGCCCCGCGAGGAGAUCUGGAUCACCACCAAGCUCGACAACACCUGGCACCACCGUGUGGAGGAUGGAAUCAACUCCUCCCUCAAGGACCUGGGCGUCGACUACGUUGAUCUCUACCUCGUUCACUGGCCCAGCUCGACCGACCCUGCAGACAAGUCCAAGCACCUUCCCGACUGGAACUUCAUCAAGACCUGGCAAGAGGUGCAGAAGCUCCCUGCCACUGGCAAGGUCCGCAACAUCGGUGUUUCCAACUUCGGCAUCCAGAACCUGGAAAAGCUUCUGAACGACCCUACCACCAAGAUCGUUCCCGCCGUUAACCAGAUUGAGCUUCACCCCAACAACCCCUCUCCCAAGCUGGUCGCCUACAACACCUCUAAGGGCAUCCACUCCACCGGCUACUCCUGCCUUGGCUCCACCAACUCCCCUCUUUACAAGGAUUCUACUCUCCUGAAGAUUGCCGAGAACAAGGGCAAGACUCCUCAGCAGGUCCUGCUUGUCUGGGGUAUCCAGAAGGGCUGGAGUGUUAUUCCCAAGUCUGUUAGCAAGUCUCGCAUUGAGGGCAACUACGAGAUCGAUGGCUGGAAUUUGACUGCUGAGGAAAUUAACCAGCUUGAUAACCUGAAGGACCGCUUCAAGGUUUGCGGUGACGCUUGGUUGCCUGUCAAGGUUUUCUUUGGCGAUGAUGAGUAA